AUAUAGACACUCAUUAAACCUUUAAAAAAUUCUUUUGUUUUUUCUUCAUGAAUUACUGAUAAGUUUCUGAAGCUCUUGUAAGCGACUACCUUCUAUUGUUUUACAAUGCGGUGGUCUACGAGAGCUCGUCUCGUAAGCGACCAGCCCAUAGUUACCACCACUUUUUCGAACUACCGAGGUUUCCGGGUGCUUCGAGUGUAGUUCUAUCGCUGUUUGAAAGUACACAGUUUCAUCGACUUAUUCCUCGCGAAGCAGAGGUUUAUAAAUUUGUCCCGCGCAGAUCGCACAUAAGAGAAACAUUGGAACCUUUAAAGUACUUUAAUAUUUAAAAAAAGUUUUGCGGUAAUUGUUGUGAGUGAUUUAAGAAAAGUGAUUUCCAAACAAUCGCCACCCUCGAAUCAACGCCGCCCUCGUAUAACCACCGCGGCGUUUAAUCGAAUAAAUACGGUAGUUAUAAUUAGGAGUACAUGACAGGUAAAGGGAAAACUUGUUCACGUGCUACAGAUUCGUAUUUACUGUUUGCCGUAAAUGCGACUAUAAGUAAAUCUCUCCAUUGUGAUAUAUCACAGGCAACCAUCACAUUUAAUCAGGAUUACAUACAUAAAUAGAAACAAAGUUACUCUUUGAGGCGAAUAUUUGUUGUGUUGAUACAUAUCAUGAGUGACAAAUUAUUCCUUACUUUUGGCGUGAAAUUUUAGCGUAAAUUUAUAAUUUCACAAACAAAAUUUAUAAAACUGGCAUGGCAACCUUUCGUAUGUCUCAGUGCCAAGAUGGCGACGAAGUUUUAAAAUGUUAUGCAUGAAGAUGUCAGGGCAUAAAAAGACGCUCUACAAAGCCUAAACACAAAGGAGCACAUCAAGAACACAUCUAUCAGGUAUUUUGUCGAAAAAUUCUGAAAUUCUGCACCCAGUUAAGCCAAAUUUAAAGCUCUAAACUUGUUAACGCAUGGAGGUGUACGAUGAUUCCAUCAACAUGUCAAAAUCCCACUAUUGUGGGCGUAACUUGUCACCUAUGAUAUUGAUAGGUAAAUAAUAUACUCAUGAAAUUAGGGAAUAUUUUUCGUUUGCAUUUUGUCCAAUUUUAAGGAUUGGUUACACAUACGAAGAGUUCAUUUUACAGUUAAGUUUCAAAAUAAGGUCAACUUCAGCUUCACGUUCACUCAAAGGCUAUGACACUAAGCCCGCAGCUAUAACCUAUAAAAUGGUCUAUUGUUUCAUGGCGGCCAUUUUGAAAACCUGAAUAUUGUUUGAAGACUGGAACCGAGAAUCUACGUGACCAGGGACGGCCGUAAAACUUGAGAAAUAGCCGAACAAUACACGGGAAUCUGAUCGCGCGCCUGCAGCAAUAAACCUUUUCAAUUAACGAAAAAUAAAUCUCUCUUGAGUUUGGUUAUAAACGGCUAGUACGAGCCCUUUGCGAUGACUUCUACUUUCCAGACAUGUGACGGCAUAAUUUAUGCUGAUAAUGACCGCCAAAAGACCCAUCACUAAGGUUGACGAGUGGGCGCAUUGUUUGUUGUAAUUAACAUGGUCUUUUUCAUAUUUCAGAAAUUACGUCUGUGUGGAGGCAUGAGGAAACACUGA